AUGCACUCAAGAUCACCACCAAAGGUGUGGUCACUGUCUUCGAGACGAGUAAAAGUGGCGAUCGAUUUUGGCUACGGAUCGACAGUCUGUGUCUGUAAUCUAACACAUUGUGAUGAUUUGGAUGCUCUGAAGAUCACCACCAAAGGUGUGGUCACUGUCUUCGAGACGAGUAAAAGUGGCGAUCGGUUGGAGAAAACAGAAUUCAAAUUUGGAGACAAUUCUGGGUUUAAAGCAAACAAAUCGCAGACAAUAACUGUUGACAAAAGUAAAGGAAUUUAUCAGAAGAUUAUUGGUUUUGGGGGCGCCUUCACAGACUCCGCCGGACUUAACAUGAAAACUCUUCCCGAAAAACUACAAAACCGUAUAAUUAGUGACUAUUUCUCUAAAUCUGGAAUUGAGUACAAUUUGGGACGCAUUCCCAUCGGAGGCUCAGACUUCUCGACCCAUGCCUACAGUUAUGACGACAACUUUACGAGUGAUUAUGCCUUCGAUCACUUCAGUUUCGCUAAAGAAGAUUCCGAUUACAAAAUUCCGUACCUCAAAGCGGCAAAAACAAUAAACCCAGAUGUCAAAUAUUUUGGAAGUCCGUGGGCACCCCCUGCGUGGCUCAAAACUAAUGGAAAACUCAAUAAUGGAGGUUAUCUGAAGGGAAAUCCAGGUGGUACAGAAUAUAAGGCUUUUGCUCAUUAUAUCGUGAAGUUUUUGGAUGCAUACAAAGCACAGGGCCUUCCCAUGUGGGGCAUAACUGUGGAGAAUGAGCCCAAAGCGGGAGAUGAACCCGACUAUAAAUUCAAUUGUUUGGGAUUCACUCCUGAACUUCAAAGAGAUUUCUUGAAACUAGAUUUGGGACCCAUUCUCUCAGCGGCCGGUUAUGGACUCAACACAACUGAGCUCAUGAUCUGUGACGACCAAAGGCCUGAGCUCUACAAUUAUGCCAAAACUAUACUCACCGACAAAGAAGCGGCUAAAUAUGUGUCGGGAGUGGCCUUUCAUUGGUACGAUAAUUCAGUGGAAAACUUACCAAACCUCGAUAAGGCCCAUGCGGUGGACCCAUCCAAGUUCAUACUGAACACAGAGGGCGCUGAGGAAUGGAGGGAUCACGACAAACACGUAUAUCUGGGCAGUUGGGAUACCUUUGAGAGAUAUGCCAACGAUAUUCUUGUUGAUUUGAAUCACUGGACAAGUGGUUGGGUGGACUGGAAUAUAGCGUUGGAUGAGCAAGGUGGUCCCAAUUGGGCGGGCAACCUUUGCGACGCACCCAUUAUAGUGAAUGCUAAGAGCCAGGAGUACUACAAACAGCCAUUUUUCUAUGCUUUGGGACAUUUCAGCAAAUUCUUGACCCCCGGAUCGCAAAGAGUUUUUACUUCACACGAACCUUCUGUUAAUAAACUCGAUUCAACCACUUUUGUGCGACCGGACGGGGGAACUGUAGUCAUUGCAUUGAAUUUAGGCGACGAUCCCAUAGACAUUGUAAUUAAUGACUCGGAAUUGAAGCAAAAAGUAUCUCAUUCCUUGAAACCCCGAUCAAUUCAAACGUACAUUUAUUAUACUAAAUAAAUAUUUAAUUUUUAUCAAGUAUGUUAUUACAAAUUACAUUCAUGAAAAGA